GCUACUUCUCGAUGCAAGAGAUGACUCUAAACAAAGUGAACGACGAGAACAGUCGCCUCCAGAGCACCGACGAGUUGGUGGAUGUGCUGAAGGAUCUGAACGAUAAGAUCAACGACAAGAAGCAAACGCUGGCGCCAGUCAUCAAAGAGUUGCGUCCAAUGCGUCAGAAGUGUCAGGACUUGCAGUUAGAGUACUAUCAGAGACAACAGGCGUACGACGCGAUGGCCGCCGGACUCGAGACCAGCGCCGCCACCGUCGACAACGAGUGUCAGGACAUCACCAAACAGGUCCACGCGCUCGAGUCCAACCAGUACUUCAUGGAGUGUCAGCUGGAAGUGCUGAAAGCCAGGCAGCAGGUGCUGGACAAGGAGGUGAACCUGUAUGUGGCUCAGGAGUCCGCGGAUGAUAAGUCCGACUCUAUUUUACAUCAAGUCCAGAGUCAACUCAAUGCUCAACAGACAGAGAAAGAGCGUCUAAAACAACAACAAAUGGAUUUCCGGAAGAAUGAGACACAACACCGAAAACAACUGAAGAUGUGGACCGACUUGAAGACACUGUUGGCUAUCAAACAGCGGUGUCUGACGAGGGAUAGGGAGAGGAAUGCCAUCAACGAGUACGCCAUCAAUAGUAGACCCGAUCAUCUGGUGCUGUGAGGGGUCAGCCAUCACCUGCUGUCACAAUCAGUUACUUAUUGUAUUUUAAUUGAUAUUAAUUUCAAUUGUAUUUGUAAU